UGUCUGUGAUUUAUUUCAUCACCUGCAAAAUUGGGGUGACCAGUGCCCCUGUCAGAGCUGAUGGGAAGAUUCAGUGAGCGCUGUAUUUGAAACAUUUGAUCAGUGCCUCACGCACAGUAAGCUCCUUGCUGGUUCAGCAUCCCUUCCCAGAGCCCCUGGAAGCCAACUGUGUUUGGAAUUCAGAAUUCAGAGGAUAAUAAGAUGUGCUUAUAUAUUACAUGACAGCCCCAGCAGGGUCAUAACCAGACACUAAUGCUUCUGUAGCAAAACCUAUGAAUAUUCACAUGAAGGGAGAAAGAUAAAGACUCUAAGUAGCUUCAGAUUCUCGCGCAGCCUUUGAGAUGAUGGGCCUGGGAAACGGACGCCGGAGCAUGAAGUCUCCGCCCCUGGUGCUGGCCGCCCUGGUGGCCUGCAUCAUCGUCCUGGGCUUCAACUACUGGGUCGCCAGCUCCCGCAGCGUGGAUCUCCAGACGCGGAUCCUGGAGCUGGAGGGCAGGGUCCGCAGGGCGGCCGCGGAGAGAGGUGCCGUGGAGCUGAAGAAGAACGAGUUCCAGGGAGAGCUGGAGAAGCAGCGGGAGCAGCUUGACCGGAUCCAGUCCAGCCACGACUCGCAGCUGGAGAGCGUCAACAAGAUAUACCAGGAUGAAAAGGCGGUUUUAGUGAAUAAUAUCACCACAGGUGAGAAGCUCAUCAGAACCCUGCAAGACCAGUUAAAGGCCCUGCAGAAGAAUUAUGGCAGGCUGCAGCAGGGUGUUCUCCAGUUUCAGAGGAACCAGACCAACCUGGAGAGGAAGUUCUCCUACGACCUGAGCCAGUGCAUCAAUCAGAUGAAAGAGGUGAAGGAGCAGUGUGAGGAGCGAAUAGAAGAAGUCACCAAAAAGGGAAAUGAAGCUGUCGCUUCCAGGGACCUGAAUGAAAAAAAGGACCAAGGCCAGCAGCUCCGAGCCCCUGACGAGCCUCAGCCCAGGCCACAGGAAGUCGACCUGCCCCAGGCAGAGGUGCCACCAGUGAAAGGAAACGUGCCCAGUGAUGGCGAGCCCCAGACACCAGCCCCCAGUUCUGAGGUGGCUGUGGAUUUGAGGAGACGAGGUGAGAAAGAGGAGACCAACGAGAUUCAGGCCGUCGGUGAGGAGGCUCUUCAGAGGGACGGGCCGGGGCUGCCGCCGGCACCGCCGGGCCCAGAGCAGGCGGCCGAUGAAGACAGGCCUGCGGGUGGAAGAGGCACUGGGGAAGCGGAGGCGGUGGGCCACACCCCGCCGGCGCCAGCAGCCUUGCUGGAGAGCCCAGAGAACCAGGACACCGAGGACCUAGAGCGGGACCAGCUGGUCGUCCCCGACGGGCAGGAGGAGGAGCAGGACGCUGACGAGGAAGGGAGAAACCAGCAGAAGCUGGGAGGAGAGGAGGACUACAACAUGGACGAAAAUGAGGCAGAAUCGGAAACAGACAAGCAGGCAGCCCUUGCAGGGAAUGACAGAAAUCUGAAUGUUCUUAAUGCUGAAAAUCAGAAAGGAGACAUGAUAAAUUUACUUGAUCAGCGUGAAAAGAGGAAUCACACACUCUGAAUCGAUUAUCCUGUACUUGAUGUCAGGAUUGAACAGAGAUCACUACAAAAUAUUUAUGAGGGGUUGAAUACUGUGAAAUGUACUAAGUAAAAUACACAUCUAAAGAUGA